AUGGUCGGAUCGUACUCGAUAUGUUGCCGGGUAUUUAAAAGCGGAAAUAUCUGUUUUUUUCCUGAUAUAAUUGUGACACGCUUCAGCCAGAGGAGUUUCAAGCCAUGGCUGAAUAUCUGGCAUCAAUUUUUGGGACUGAGAAGGACAAAGUCAAUUGCUCGUUUUAUUUCAAGAUAGGCGCCUGUCGACAUGGAGAUCGAUGUUCGCGAAUUCACAACAAGCCAACUUUUAGUCAAACAUGUCUACUGCAGAAUCUUUAUGUAAACCCUCAGAAUUCUGCAAAAAGCGCAGAUGGAUCUCACUUGGUUGCAAACGUAUCCGACGAAGAGAUGCAAGAACAUUAUGACAAUUUUUUCGAGGAUGUUUUCAUCGAAUGUGAAGACAAGUAUGGCGAGAUUGAAGAGAUGAACGUGUGCGACAAUCUUGGCGAUCACUUGGUCGGAAACGUUUACAUUAAAUUUCGCAGAGAGGAAGAUGCUGAGAGGGCAGUCAAUGAUUUGAAUAAUCGUUGGUUUGGUGGCAGACCGGUUUACGCCGAACUUUCACCCGUUACCGAUUUUCGUGAGGCCUGCUGUCGUCAAUAUGAAAUGGGCGAGUGCACGCGCUCUGGAUUUUGUAACUUCAUGCACUUGAAGCCGAUCUCUCGGGAUCUUCGCCGAUAUUUGUACAGCCGGAAGAAGAGUAAGGGUCGAUCAAGAUCGCGAUCGAGGUCGCGAGGUCGUGAACGUAGGAGGAGGUCCCGAUCCCGAGAUAGAAGAUCCAGAUCCAAAGAUCGACGUAAGGGAAGAGACGAGAAGGGCAGAGAUGGUCGAUCCGGUCGCUAUUAA